CUCUCUCUCUUCCAUUUGAUCAUUUUGCUUCAGCGUUUCAUUUCAGACACCCUGCACGCAUCAAUGGCAGCUUGAGCUUGAAGCAUCCGCCGCCAAGGACGAGCCCUCCCCCGCCGAAAAGCCACCAGCUUUCUCCUGCCAUGGGCAACGGCAUCACCCGGCUCCGCCGCUGCUUCGCCGACUCCGGCGCCGGAGAGAUCUCCCGCCGCCACGACGGGGCGGACUCCUUCCCCCACCCCUCCUCCUACUCCGACGAGGGCCACGGCCACUCCUUCUGCUACAUCCGCCAAGACCCGGCAUCCUCCUCCGAUCUCCACUCCGAGGACUGCACGACCCAGACGACGGUGACGUCGACGACGUUCAGCUCGAUAUCCGGCGCCUCCAUCAGCGCCAACGCCUCCUCCCCGCUGUCCACCUCCCUGGCCGACGCGUGCUACUACACGACGACCUCGCUCGAGAAAGCCUCCGUCUUCGAGAGCUCCGUCUCGUUCGCGUCCGUGCCCCUCCAGCCCGUCCCCCGGGGCGGGUCGAGGUCGGGCCCCAUGGAGAAAGGGUUCUUGUCGGGCCCCAUCGAGCUCAGGUCCGCGUCCGGCCCUAUCGAUCAGGGUCUCUACCACUCGGGCUCGAUCGUCGACCGUUCGUCGUGCGAUCGGUGGCAGAGGGACUUCUCUCUCGGCGGGUACGGCUCCAAGAAACGCAGGUUGGCCAAGUACUUGAGAAGAGCGAUCGCUAAGCGAGUGUUGAGAGCGAACGAUUACAUGUUUUCAGGCAGGAGUUCGGAUUUUUACAACGUUAAGAGCACGAGCAGCAGUGGAAUUUUGAAUGGCGAGAGCGAGUUUUAUGUGGAGAAUCAAAAUCUCGAAUGGGCACAGGGCAAAGCAGGGGAAGACAGAAUGCACGUGGUGGUCUCCGAGGAAAAUGGUUGGGUCUUCGUGGGGAUUUACGAUGGCUUCAAUGGCCCUGAUGCCCCCGAUUUCUUGCUCUCCAAUCUUUACUCUGCUGUCUGCAAAGAACUCCAAGGGCUGCUCUCGAAGAAGAGUCUGGCCACGCCAGCCGACGGGGACAGAGGAAACCUUCGUCUAUGGUCGGAUUCGGGGAAGGCUGCGGAUCACUCGGACGUGCUGAACGCGCUCGAGACGGCACUGAAGAAGACGGAGGGAGCGUUUCUGGAGACAGCGGAUAGGAUGGUGAAGGAGAAUCCAGAGUUGGCCCUGAUGGGGUCUUGCGUCCUGGCGAUGCUGAUGACGGGCGAGGAUAUUUACUUGAUGAACGUCGGGGAUAGCCGGGCUAUUUUGGCUCGGAAGGGUAAAUCGGAUGCGAAGGGCACUGCUUAUAGGAUCGAUUCGCGUGACGGUGGUGACCAGUUCGACGAAAUGCACAAUCUGAUUUCCCUCCAACUGACCCAGGAUCACAGCACAUAUGUGGAAGAGGAAGUGCACAGAAUCAGGAAUGAACAUCCGGACGAUGCUUCCGCGGUAGUGAACGACCGCGUGAAGGGUUAUCUGAAAGUCACCCGAGCAUUCGGCGCCGGGUUUCUCAAACAGCCGAAGUGGAACGAUGCUCUCCUGGAGAUGUUCAGAAUCGACUACAUUGGGACUUCCCCAUAUCUCACUUGCACGCCAUCUCUGAGCCACCACAGGCUCGGGCCGAGAGACCGAUUCUUGAUACUGUCCUCGGACGGGCUCAACCAGUACUUCACCAAUCAGGAGGCCGUUUCCGAAGUAGACUCGUUCCUUUCCUCAUUCCCCGAAGGAGACCCCGCCCAGCACCUUGUCGAAGAAGUGUUGUUCCAAGCCGCCAAGCAAGCCGGUAUGGAUUUUCAUGAGUUGCUUGACAUUCCUCAAGGGGAUCGCCGCCGGUACCACGACGACGUUUCGAUCAUCAUCAUAUCCUUGGAAGGAAGAAUAUGGCGGUCACCAAUGUAGAUACAGC